GACCCCUUCUUCUAAACCGUGAAACGCUAAACGGUCUAAUCGCCAUUAUAGCCACCAUCCAUUAUAUCAUCUCCGGUUAUUUCACUUAACGUCUCUCUUUCUCUGUGUUGCGAGCGAGCCAGUUCGCCGAAUUCUCCCGCGUCGGCCAAUUUCUCGAUCAUCAUGCGUCUUCUACUUUUCACCCUGUGGAUUUUAAAUGGUGCGACUUGGGGCGAGUCGAUCGAGAACAGGAGCAUGGAACGAUCGAAGAGAGGAUUCGAGGAGGAGUACUUGGUGUUUCCAGAGGGAAGCAACGUUCAACUGGUGUAUUGCAUGACCAUCACUACUUACUCCAAGCCUCGAGGAAUGUUCAACAUCGGAUUGACGGCUGGCCAGGCAUGGGAGCUGCCCUCGAAGAGCACCCUGUCCAACAAGUUCAAGGAUUAUCAUCGUCGAAGCAGAAGGGAGCUGUAUCGCAAGUUGGAACUACUUUUGGCAAGCCGGGGCAAGGAUGGGAGAGGAUGCGUUUUGAAGGCGAUUUGCAACGCGGCCGGGAGGAGUCGAAGGGACGUUGGGAAAGGAUCCUUCAUGCGGGAGAUUCUCCACACGGUGUUCACAUUGCCGGCGAGCUACGACGACGGUGAUCCAACGACCGAGUACGAGAGAGCUUACUUCCUGAAAGAGAAUUGCAACGAAGCGGAGUGGAAAUGUCCGGAUGUGUUCUGAGAGAAUCUUUCUUCUUAAUUCACCAAAUAAUUAUGCCACCACUGUGUCUUAGAUCUCUCGAAGAAGCUACCCCUUUCCGUCCAAUCACCUUUACUCCAAAAAUUAUUUAAUUAUUAACUCAAAGAUAAAUAAAACGAAGAUCGCUCUCUUGUCUCUUGUUUAAAGAACGAAUAAAAAAAAAUCGCCAAUCUCUUCUUCUACGUUUCCAUCUAUUUCUUUUUUUUUACGGAUGAUUCGCAAAACAAAUCGCGUUCGAAAAAUAUUGUACAUUUACACUUGACUCGAGGAGAAAAGAUUACAGCUUGCAAACAAUUUCUCUCGAAUCUAUCUGUAAGGAUGAACUCGUGCGAUAUAAUGCGCGGAAGACGACGCGAGAUGUCGGUAUUCGUGGAGCGGAGGGAGUUAUCGGCGGAUUCAUCAGCCCUAGGACAACACCGCGGCCCGGAAUAAUAUCGUGGCAUGUGCUCGAGCACGCACCCUUCCUGGGGAUUGCGGCCUGGUUUCGGUAUUUUGCUUGCACGCGCGCGUAUCUCGCUUUCGACCGCGCGUGUUUGCGCGUGCACACAUUUCGACGUAACGCAAUUCCCCCUUUGAGAACGUCAGCCGAGGUUUGCGCUCGAAUCACCCGCCAUUAACGUUCUAUCUCCCUUCUCUCUCUCUCUCGCUCUCCCUUUCUCUCUUUCGAGUUCCUCGAAUUUGUUUGAUUUGCGCGUCAUUUGCAAUUUUAGAAUUUGUACCGUUGGAUGUGAGAAGAUUCAAGACUUCUGGGGGAAUACUUAAUCAGAUUCUACAUUCUUUUCUUUGUAAAUAUCCUGUGAAUCUCGUAUUCAGUACUUACGACACGUUUCGUAACACUAGACAAACUCUUUUUUUUUUUUUUUUUGAAGAUGUUUAAGAAACUCUUUGUUUGUUUAAGAGGCUCUUUUUGCAUCCAACGUAAUCAAUUCUCACUUGCUUCCGUAUCGUUGGAAGGGAGAUUUCAUGAGCUAAGCGAAAAAUUUCAUCCUUACAGCAUUGGUUCGAGUAAUUAAGUGGACAAGAUUCAUUUUCAAAUUUGUAAGAAAUAAUCAAUGUAAUGUAUAAUAAUCGUACAUUAAAAUUUUUAAUCCUCUUUUUUAGACAGAGAACUAAUCAUGUUUCAAUAAUUGAGAAAUAUCCCAAAU